AGGAACUCUAUUUUCAGGCUACUCUGAGUACUACUGUCGAUCGUGGCGAACAACUACCUAGUAGCUACAGCUUUGCUUGCUAUUUUGCUGCUCAGUUUUAGAAGGCAACAACAACAACAACAACGAGUGGAGAAUCCAACGACCAUGGCCCAUCAAGCAAUCUCAGAGAGUGUAGCACCUGUCUUCGAGCAGGAAGCGAACAGGCACCUUACAGUUUACUUUCCUCCAUGUCUUCAAGGCUGUGGCGUGACAGAUUUCCGCGGUCGUGAAAUCGUGCAUGAUGAUACUGGUAGAGUAAUCAAGCAGCUGGAUUCAUUUGCUUACAUGAGUAAUGACAGCUUGGCGCUGGGUAGCGAAGCGAAAUCUAACGGGAUAUAUCUCCUUGCCCCCUCUGGGAUGGUUGUGAAAGAGGUUGUAGCAGCCCCAGAUCGGAAUUCGCAAGACUCGCCUGGGGCGCAGGAUAGAGUUCCUUUGAUUCCAACGAAAUACGUUGUUGGGGAAGCCUACUCAGGGGCUAAUCCUUUGAAAUUGGCGGACAAAGUUGAGCAGCUUGAAAGUGCAAUCGAAACACUACGAGCUCGCCACGUUGGUCGUGGGGGUGCUUGCGGCGACAUAACAAGCUUGGUGGGGGCUGCAUUGCUGAUUUGUAGUUGUGGAUCAAGGCAUCGAGCACAAGCCGUCAUAGAGGACAGUGGUUACUUCCUGGCAGCCUUGAAUCAACGAAACCACCCACACCUUUGGCGUUUGGCCCAAGCUCGUCGUCUCUUUUGCAUUGUUAUGUCGGCGAACGAAAGCCCCCAGACUGUUAUUGGCCGGCAGACACACAGAACGCUCACAAGCUUACAGAUGGAUGUCCAGGGCGUGCAGUCUGAUAUCCAGGGCAUGCAGUCUGAUAUCCAGAGAUUGAUGCAACAUUUUGGUCUAAAUGUGAAGGACGUGGGAAGCGGAGCACAAAGUUGAUGUUUUUUAUUCUAGCACCACAGAACCACUCUCUCCACAGACGGCAUCGAAUCCACCUUCAUCCUGGUUCAAAUCUCGCCCCUCAGUUGUGUCCAUUUUAGCUCAUGGCAUCCGUACAAUCCUAUCAAAUAAUUAGUAAAUCAAUCCCGCCCAAUUCCCC